GUUAAAGGCGGAGAAUGCCGAUUCAAAUUUUCUCUCAUCCAUCUCCCAUUCUCGUCUGCCCUUCCCCCCCAACGUUAGGGUUCAUCUCGCCCUACAAGAACAUUAGAUUUCAACUUAGAUCAAUAAGAACCAAUAACAUUGUCAAAUGUCUUACGGAGGCGGUUAUCGUGGCGGUUUUGGUCAAACCGGAGUCUACAAUGGCUUUGGCGAAAGUGGCCUUGGCAAUAAUUUGAGGGAUGUUGAUUGGAAGAGCGCCCACUUAACGAAGUUUGAAAAGAACUUCUACCGAGAGGAUCCUCGAGUCACUGCUCGCACUGAAUUCCAAGUCGAAGAGUUCCGGAGGGCUAAGGAGAUAAAGUGUCGAGGGACCGAGAUCCCACGUCCAGUAACCAGUUUUGAGGAAGCCGGGUUUCCCGAUUACAUUAUGGCCUCAAUCAAGGCUCAGGGCUUCAAGGAACCAUCAGCCAUCCAGUGUCAAGCGUGGCCUAUGGCUUUGUCAGGCCGCGACGUAAUUGCCAUCGCACAAACUGGAAGCGGGAAAACCAUUGCCUUUGCUCUUCCUGCCAUGUUACACAUCAAUGCGCAACCUUUGUUGUCCCCAGGCGAUGGUCCAAUCGCUCUUGUUCUGGCCCCCACUCGUGAAUUGGCAGUCCAAAUCCAGCAAGAAUGCACUAAAUUUGGUGCGAGCUCCCGCAUUCGUAACACAGCCAUAUAUGGCGGUGCCGCCAAAGGGCCUCAGAUUCGGGAUCUUCAAAGAGGCGUUGAAAUUGUCAUUGCUACUCCUGGGCGCUUGAUCGACAUGCUAGAGGCAGGUAAAACUAACUUGCGAAGAAUCACAUACUUGGUCAUGGACGAGGCGGAUCGAAUGCUGGAUAUGGGCUUCGAACCGCAAAUCCGGAAGAUCGUCUCCCAAAUCAGGCCUGAUCGACAAACUCUGAUGUUCAGCGCCACAUGGCCAAAGGACGUUCAGAAGCUCGCUGCGGCUUUCUUGAAGAACCCUAUGCAGGUUAACAUAGGUUCAACGGAACUCACGGCAAACCAUAAUAUCGAACAAAUCCUUGAAAUUUGCACUGAGUACGAGAAGCGUGGGAAGCUGCUUAAACACCUGGACCAGAUCAGCAGUGAAAAUGCCAAAGUCCUUAUAUUCGUUGCUACGAAGCGUGUCGCGGAUGAGAUUACCAAGUUUCUUCGCCAGGAUGGCUGGCCUGCUUUGGCCAUACACGGUGACAAGGAGCAACGUGAGAGGGACUGGGUUCUAGGCGAAUUUAGGGCUGGCCGUUCGCCGAUUUUGAUUGCAACAGACGUUGCCAGUCGUGGUCUUGACGUGAAAGACGUCGGCUAUGUCAUCAACUACGAUUUCCCUAAUAAUUGUGAAGACUACAUCCACCGAAUUGGUCGCACUGGGCGUGCGGGUGCGAAGGGUGUUUCGUAUACUUACUUCACCGCCGACAACUCAAAAGCUGCUCGUGAACUCGUAGCUAUCUUAAGAGAAGCCAAGUCUGCAGUUCCUCCUGAGUUAGAGCAAAUGGCCAUGUACGGCGGUGGAGGUGGCAAUCGCAGUCGUUUCGGUAGCGGUGGCGGCAGUGGCGGUGGUGGUGGUCGCGGGGGUAAUCGUGGUGGUCGUGGAGGAUUCGGUGGAGGUCGCGGCAGCUACAGUCGCUGGUAGAUCCUUGAGAUGCUGCUUCGCGAGUCCCCCUUUAUUCGUCUAGACGUGGUUUGAUCGGUAUUUCUGCCUUCAAGGCCUUUAAUACGCUUCUAAUAGAGAUUGUUGCUGUGUAUUUGAUAAUGGGCGCUUCUGGAAGCACGUGCUCGGGUUGAUGCCCCCGCAAGUCCAAUGCAGCUGGUUAGCGUGUUGCGCG